AUGAGUAUCAUUAAUAACCACGGGACGCUUAAUUUACCGCGCAUACAGACCGCAAUUGCAUUGGUUAUUGCCGUGUAUUGCUCGUCGAAAAUGUCCCAGUCAGAAUUAUGUUCUGAUUGGUCUCACUGGGCAGACGUUUCCAGCGUGAAAAACGACUUUGCAAUCGCCUACGAAGAUAUGCAGUCAGCGUCGGACGUGGUAGUUGAAGUUAAUGACUGUACGCUUCUGAAUCUCGAUCCAAUGUCAGGUAAAUAUCCCCAACGCAGUGAUAAAGAACGCAGAAAACUCACCUAG